UGCUUGCGCGCGCGGGUGGCACCAUUGGCAGCACGGUUGACGGCCUUAAGAUGGGCAAAUAGGGCGCCAGCACGGAUGUGGAUGGCGGCGGGGUCCCAGUCGAGAUACUGUGCGGAGACGAGGUCGCGGAGUUUGUCGAUGGCAACGUCGGGGAGGGGUGGGAGGACGACGUCCGUGCUGCUGUCGUCGACGGCCAUGGCGGCGGCGAGUUCGGCGAACGAGGGUGUGGGAAGAGAGGAACGGAGGCCGGACCGGGGCACGGGACGUGAAGUGGGGUGCAUCAUGUCCUUGUCAUCAUGGACGGCGAUUCGAGGGAAUUACUGUAAGCCUCGAUUACACGCCUGCUGAACGAGCAGGCGCCUCUAGAUCUCCCAAGCAACGACUGCUCGUCCUCUCACACUCCCCGUCUCUCUUUUCUUCUCCUUCCUUCUCGACAUUCACCACCUCCCUAGACAUCUUCGAAUACUACCACCAUGACUGGCCGUCCGCGCGCGAUGUCGGGCACCAUCCCUUCGAUGGAGGCCGCCCACGACGAGCUCAAGGAGAAUACCAUCAUCGUUGUCCUGGGCGCCUCUGGAGAUCUUGCGAAGAAGAAGACGUACCCUGCUCUCUUCGGUCUGUACCGGAUGGGUUUCCUUCCUAAGGGAAUCCAAAUUGUCGGCUAUGCACGCACCAAGAUGGAUGACGCCGAGUAUCACAAGCGUGUCACAUCAUACAUCAAGGUCGACGAUGAUGAUGCUGAUGGAAAGACAAAACUCGACGAAUUCAAGAAGAUAACCUCGUACAUUUCAGGUGGCUACGAGGACUCGCCAUCCUUCGAGAACCUCAACAGAUACGUAGAGAAUCUCGAGUCCGGAUACCAAACCAUGGAACGCAAUCGCAUUUUCUACCUUGCUCUUCCUCCCAGCGUCUUCAUUCCAGUCGCACAACACCUCAAGGAUCAGUGCUAUUUCCCACCAAAGAUCGGCAAAUGCCGCAUUAUCGUCGAAAAGCCGUUUGGGAAAGACCUUGAGUCCUCCCGUGAGCUUCUUGGAUCCUUGAAGCAACAUUGGACAGAAGAUGAAACCUUCCGGAUUGACCACUACCUCGGGAAGGAAAUGGUUAAGAAUCUGCUCGUGCUUCGCUUUGCCAACAUCGCAUUCAGCUCCUUCUGGGACAAGAACUCGAUCAGUAAUGUCCAGAUUACGUUCAAAGAACCAUUCGGUACCGAAGGUCGUGGCGGAUACUUCGAUGAAUUCGGAAUCAUUCGUGACAUCCUCCAGAACCAUUUAUUGCAGGUGUUGAGCGUCCUGACCAUGGAGCGACCCGUCUCGUUCGCGGCAGAGGAUAUCCGUGACGAGAAGGUGAAAGUCUUACGUUCAAUCCCGCCCAUUGAGCGCAGUGAUACCUUACUCGGCCAGUACGUCGCUGCGCACGGCAAGCCCGGCUACCUCGAUGACGACACAGUUCCACACAACUCAGUCUGUCCCACGUAUGCCGCGACCACGCUCUGGAUCCACAACCCCCGGUGGGAGGGUGUGCCCUUCAUCUUGAAGGCCGGCAAAGCACUCAACGAGGCAAAGGUAGAGAUCCGGAUACAGUUCAAGGACGUGACACAGGGUAUCUUCAAGGACAUCUCGCGUAACGAGCUCGUCAUCCGCAUUCAGCCUUCGGAGGCUGUAUACUUGAAGUUAAACACGAAAACGCCUGGUCUUUACACCCGUGCGAUCCCAACGGAGAUGGAUUUGACGUACAAGCGGCGUUUCGUGGAGGCCAAGAUCCCGGAGGCAUAUGAGGCGCUGAUUCUUGACGCACUCAAGGGUGACCACUCCAACUUCGUCCGAGAUGAUGAGCUGGACGUUGCCUGGAAGAUCUUCACCCCAAUUCUUCACUGGAUAGACGGCAAGAAUGGGCCCUCGCCGAAGCCCGUUCCCUACCCAUAUGGCUCGCGCGGUCCGAAAGAGCUCGAUGCGUUCAUCGCGAAGUACGGUUACAAGCGGACUGUUGCGGAAUACGAGUGGCCGGUGACGAAUCUAGCAUCGUUGUGAAGUUUUACGUGUGCAUGCCGAGUCUCGUUGUCAUGUUAGCUGAGUCUUGAAGCUUGAUGUCUUAUUAUCGGCGGAUGCAUUGACUGUUUGGAUGUGGAGCGCGAGAAAGCAAAGAAGUUUGUGAAGAGUGGUAAUUAGAAUCUUGCUUG